AGUAGAAAAAAAUAAAUCCCCCAUCAGUUCGCGAGUGCGACGAGCGGAAGAAACUUGCUUGGAUUUGCUGCUGCUGGCAUUUUGUACCACGUUGUUCUCGCCGCCUUCCAGUAGUAGUGCACAAUGGCCGAUUUGGACGAUUUUUUCGCGAAAAAAGACCGCAAAAAGUCGAAAGCGAAGAAGUUCGCCACCCCGGAGGAACUGGCCAAAUCGAUCGAGGAAGCCGCCAAGAAGACUGCCGAUGCGAAAACUGCCCGAAAGGUGACCCCGAUUAAUGUGGAAGCAGUAGGAGCAGGAAAUGAACAGAAGAAGCCCGAACAAGCGGACGAAGAGUGGAAGGAAUUCGAGGAGGAACGCAAAGAUUACAGCGGACUGAAGUUGGCCCAGUUGACCAUUUCGGAGCAGGAAGGAAACGACGAAUCCGGAGGAAAGGAUGGUGGUUCUGUUGGAGAUGGUGAUGGCGAAGGAGGAGAAAGCGGAUCGGGAAAUGGCAAAUCAGGAGCGUGGCGAAAUGUGGAAGCGGGAGCAGAUGCCGAUAAACAGCAGCAGCAACAACAACAACAACAGCAACGGCCCGGAUCCAGUGUGUACGUAACGCCGGCCAUGAAGAAUCUGCGCCUGAAGAAGAAGGGAGUCGCGCCGGAUCUGAAAAAUGAAGAAUUCUUCCCGACACUGGGCGCGGAACAGCCGGUUGAUCCCUCGCGGGUUAAGAAAGAUUCCACCUUCGAAGAGGUGAAACACGGUGGCCGCGUCCGGGCGUCGGAUCUUCCCUCGGCUCAACCCCUCCAGGUAGGAAACAGAUUCACCUCACUGAGCAACGAUGCGAGCUAGAGCCCCGGCGGCAAAACGGACACUUGGCCGGCGAUUUUCAGAGCGUCCGGUUAGCAUCCUAGGUUUUUGUAUUGUUUAAUUCUCCUUCUUCCAAAUUACAAUCAUGUGUCCCGCGUAUAAAUGUGCUCUUUACCUAUUUACAGAACAGAUGAACAGACUGCUCACUAAACAGAUAAGGGAUAACCAGACUAUUAGCUUGUUUUGGGGGACGACUUUCGCUCUUCCGGGUUGGAUUGUUCCGUGUCCAAGAAUGUGGCACUGAUUUCGGUUCGAAUUGAUAUUUAGAGGCACCCCUUCUCUUACUCUCCAGAUUUGGGACGGAAAAAUCUAGCCUCGGAAAGAAGAAUAUUCCUCAAACUCAGUGUUUUAACUACUGGAUAAAACUAUCGAAUCAAAUUUAGAAUGGUAAUUCUUUCCCCAACUGAAUCCAGAAACAGAAACGGUAGUCGAAACAUAAAAUCAACUCUUUAAUGACAGCAUCUAGAAACGCGCUUUUCCCCCAGCUGAGGAAGAAGAUAUAUUACACUGAUGGGUUUAAAUACUAUUAAAUUGCAUAAAAAAUAAUAGCAAGAGUCUUCGUUAUUUCUCUUCACGACUUUCCGCGAAAGCUGCGCGUUGAUUUUGUAUUCAAUAAACAAAAAAAAUGAAUAAAACUGAAAAA